GUGGACGAAAUGAAAAGAAAGCGGAAGCAGAUGUCGCUGCUCACCUAACCCACGAAUUUGUGAAUAGCAGCCAACUUCACUACGUAGAAGUGUCAAAGUAAAAAGGAAAAUAAAGUUGGGUUAAUUUUCUUGAAAGAAUUCAGCGAAGGAAAAACUGAGAAAAUUGUCUUAAUUAAAUUAUUUCGCGAUUUGCAUUUAAUUAGCGCAUGGUGGUGUACACUUGGUGGGUGCUUGGUUGUUGUGUUGGGCGCUCGUGUGACGCGCAAUUUGAGCAGCAUCGUGAAAUUCCUUCAAUGUUGGUGAUGCUCGGUGGGGAUUAUUUCUCAAAAAAUCUGUGUUAUUGUAAUUAAAUGAAUUCAUCACAAUACUCAUCGGUCUUCACGGAGAACACACAGUGGUCGAGUCUUCAUUGCACCAAGGACUCCCUCACGGAUGUCUUUGGGUGGUUUCUGCAGGGUUUGCUGGCGGGGAUUGCCUUCCUCUGCCUCAUAGUUAAGCGCUUCUGUGAGCCACCCUAUGUGCGUCGCUCGUGGGAGACAUGGUGGUACGAUACAUCGAAGCAGGGCAUUGGGGCGCUGGUCAUUCACAUGACAAAUGUCUACCUGGCACCACUCUUUCAGGGUGACCCCUGCACCUGGUACAUCAUCAACUUUCUCCUGGACUCCACAAUUGGACUCUUCAUCAUCUACGUGGGGAUCCGGGUGUGCCAAUACCUGGCGCGUACACGCCACUGGGAUGCCAUCAAUUUUGGCGAAUACGGUGCUCAAAAGUCCUGGAUCUACCAAACGUGGAUCUACAUUGGGCUAAUGGCUGUUGUAAAGCUCAUCACGACCAUCUUCAUUCAAAUGGACUUUUGGGAUAAUGUCAAGAACUUUGUUCUCUCUCCCUUCUCUGAUCCAAAGAUCGAAUUGGCUGUCGUCAUGUUAAUCAUCCCCUUCUUUGUCAAUAUGCUGAUAUUUUGGGUGACAGACAACUUCCUCAUGCGACACACACGGAAGAACAAGAAGCGUCUCCAGGGGAAUGGCGCUGGGGAUCCGAGUAUCCUGCAACGGGUAAAGGUAAAGUAUCGCUCAAUACGCAAGGAGAGUCGCGAGAAGGUGGUUGAAUCUGAAUCGGAGGCCCUCAUUUCGGGUGAUGACGAGCCCCUUGUGGAUAGCCCAACGACUACCACGAGUAGUCUCAGUGUACCGCCGGAACAGAAGGUCUCGCAGCGUCAAAGCGUUGUCGGAGUUGCAUAAAAGAAAUCAUCUCAUUCACAUAAAAAAGUUAAGAAAAGGUUAAAAAGGGGAGAAAGUAUAGGUAGUUUGUAAGAUUAAAGAAAAAGCAACAAAAACAAAAAAGGUUCUAACACUGAAAGAAAAAGAAAAUCAUAAAUUGAAAGGAAUGGUGUGUGAUAGCUGUCUGCAGGCGAAGAAACUAUCAUCUCUUAGACUUAGACUGUAUGUGUACAUAUAUUAUUAUUAUUAGAUAUUAUAUAUUAAUAAAAAAACUACGAAAGAGGGUUAUUGACAAGAGAAAUGAGGCCUUAAAAACCUACAAGAACAACAACAACAAAUCUUUACCUACUUAUAAAACAUUUGUCCAACAUCAUCAUGAAUAUCCAUCAAAGCCAAAAUGCCAAAAUUUUACAAGGAAUUUUUCCCACAAAAAAAAAAAUAAUAAAAAGGAACUCAAGACGAUGAUUUUUCUUAUUAAUCAAGGAGUUUCCGAAGGAAGGCGCUUUUGUACUUUAAUACAUAAUCUUAUACACAUAAAAAAAUAUGACAAAAGGGUCCUUAAUUAUUUUUUUAGUAGGUCUGAUUAAUAUUUUAACUUUUUUUUAAUGAUUAAAAAGAAAAACGAAUAAAACUCGACAAUAUCCAAAGUCGCGAUUGCAUAUUUUUUCAAAACCAAUGCAGAUAUUUUUUGUAUGCCAGCAUUAUACUUUGAAAUAAAGAAAUUUGCUGUACAUAAA